AUGGAGCCACCAGGACCUGAGGAAGAAGGAGGUGGCUGCAGCUCAUCAAUAACAUUAUCGCCACCUGCAUCAUCUAUUCAUGUAGAGGGAAGAGAGCUGUUUACACAUUGUCCUUCUGAACUCCGUGUAAAAGUAGGAGAAACGGCUACAUUCACUUGCAAUAUUACAGCACUGGAACACAAUCCUAAGGAUUUUAACUGGUACAGAGAGCAGAAUAACAAACAAGAAAAAAUUGCAGACUUAAAGGCUGGGCAAAAUGAUAAACUGACUAUCAAUGUGUCAUGGGACCUGAGAAUAGCAACACUGCGCAUACAAAAAGUUACCCUGAAUGAUAGUGGAAACUAUUAUUGUGUACAUGUGAAUGUAACGGAAAGUAGUAACUUCAUUACCAGCAGAAGAUCCGAGUUGAUUGUAGAAAGUCACCCAAGUACUGUGACGGAAGCUAAAGAUCCAACCAAUCAAAAAGGAUCACCAGACAAUGUAGCUUCAUUAAAAACAACCAUGAUUUCUACCUCAAUCCUUCUGACUCUCCUCUUGCUGCUACUUAUUGGCCUUGCCAUCUUUCUGGUGUGGCACAAACAAAAAGCCAUGUACAUAAAAGAUCUGCAGUCUGCAUUUAGAUUCGCAGUACAGACGGCUUUACUGCAAGGCAAAAUAGAACUCACAGACCCUGCCAGAAAGGGUCUGUUCACCCAGUGUAAAUGUAAAUGCUCUGGACAGUUUUCUGAAACAAAAAAUGUUCUGUAUGGAAGGGACACAGGAUCCAGGACAGAUGGCAGGGGAAAUAAACCAUCACAGCCACAAGUGAGGAAUCUGGAGAACCCUCCUCAGGAUCCUACCGUUUACACUGUAGACUAUGGAGUGUUAGAAUUUGGGAGUAGCGAGCCCUACAGAAAUUCAGCAGAUCUGUGCGUAUUGGACCAAGUUGAAUACGCUACAAUCAUAUUUCCACAGGAAAAGCCAACUAUGGAAGAUCAUAGGGACAGGACAGCCUGAGACUGCAAUAUCGGGCUGAUAACACACUGUUCUGAUUGUUUAUUUAAGUGACAUAAGCUGCUCUGACAGCAAUAUCUGGUUCUGACAACUGUAAUGAUCAUUUCUGAGCAACACCAUUUCAUUGCUGAAACAAAAACUUGGGUUUUGUACAGUAGAUAGCAGUCUCUCAGCCAACAUACUAUAUGUUUUCCUCCAUUUCAAACAUUAGUUUAUUACAUUCAGUGGGUCUAUAAGAAAUAAUAGACAGGAAAUUACGUAUGUAGUUAUAUACCCUGAUGUGAUGUGGGAAGAUUGCGUGAAAUACAUCUGGGAAAGCAACAGACAUGCCCUGAGUCCUUAACAUACGAAUGUGUAUUAAUCCUUUCUCUACCAAGUAGAAAAUUUGCCUUGAGAAUAACUAUACUCAGACUCCUGGCUGAAGCGCAUUUGCCUUCUUAGAACUUAAAAAUUAUUGCAGUGUACUUUGUAUA